AAGCCGAGGAGCGUGGAGACGCAGACGCUUGGACUACGGCCGCGCAGGCGCAGUCGGGUGCCUUCACUGAGCCGGUGCUUUUUUUUUUUCUUUUUUUCUUUUCCUGGCUGGUCCGGAGUUCUUGGGUUUGUGAAGUGCGGUAGAGCCCCGCCGGUACUGGAGGUCUGGGGUCGUGGACCCCGGCCAAGUCCCAGCAAGCACGGAGGUUCAGGAUGUCACGGAGGGCGCGGGGCCCUCCACCACCGUGACAGCCCCGGCCUCGCAGUUCACCCUGCUGGUAAUGCACCCUUGCGGCGUGUCGGACGAGGCCGCGGCUGAGGACGUCCUGAGGACGGCGCCGCCAACGGCCCCGCCAACGGCCCCGGCGGCAAAGCCCGGCGCGUACCCGUGCGAGGUAGUGGGGGAUGCUGAGGACGAGGCCGGGGAAGACGAGACCGACCUGCUGGACACCUCAGACCCUCCGGGGGGCGGCGAGAGCACAGCUAGCUUGGAGGACCUGGAAGAUGAGGAAGCACACUCCGAGGGUGAGGCCGGCAGCGGGGGACCCCGGAGGCGGGGCAGCGGCGGGGGCAGCGUGAGCAAGACCUGCACCUACGAGGGCUGCAGUGAGACCACGAGCCAGGUCGCCAAACAGCGCAAGCCGUGGAUGUGCAAGAAACACCGUAACAAGAUGUACAAGGACAAGUACAAGAAGAAGAAAAGCGACCAGGCCCUGAACUGUGGUGGGGCCUCAUCCGGUGCGAGCGCGGGAAGCGUCAAACUGGAGGAAAGUGCAGAUAACAUACUUUCCAUUGUCAAACAAAAAACAGGAUCUUUUGGGGAUCGCCCUGCAAGGCCUACUCUUUUAGAACAAGUGUUAAAUCAGAAAAGACUGUCAUUGCUAAGAAGUCCUGAAGUAGUGCAGUUUUUACAGAAACAGCAGCAACUACUAAAUCAGCAAGUUUUAGAGCAAAGACAGCAGCAGUUUCCAGGAGCAUCAGUGUGAUGGAACUUAUCAAGAACCUUGACAAAUUUUUUAUUGUAAUAUAUGAACAUAUUUUUAUACCAAAGAUAAAUGGCAUGAGACAUGUCAGUAGAAUGUAAACAUUUUCCUGUAAAUGUGUGCAUUUGGGUAUAAAUCAGUAUUGCACAUUUUGUUUAUAAUCUUUUCAAAUCGCCAUGGGUUUGACGAAAUCAACUUAUCUUCCCAAAAUAACAUUGAAUAACAGUUUUUUUAAAAUACAUCCUUCAGUCACUGUUCCUGAAGGUAGUGAAGCAGUUACUUUCUGUGGAAGUUGUAAAGUUAAUAGAUAAUAAUUUUGAGCCAUCAAGCUCAAAAUUGGAAAGGUAUGGGUAUAGUUUUUGGUUAUCAUAGUGAACUUGAAAACUGCUGGUUUUAAUGACUGGGCCAGGAAUGCCAAAUGUUCUGUAGUGACUGGGAUAAUCCCACACAACUAAAAAUUAUCUCCCCAACAAUUCCAAUAUCACUCCUUUUAAGAAAACCUGAUAGCUAUUAUUCUGAUUACAUGUAAUUGGAGCACCUGGAAUCAGAUUCUUAUAACCUUUUUUUGUAGUUAACACUGAAGCUGUCAAAAAGAUAAACAUUUUAUAUCUGUAAGGAAAGUGAUCAUUGGUCAUUGUUUAUCUGUGAAAUCAGAGAUGUACUGGUAAAAAUCUAAAAGAGGAAUUAAAUAUACCAGAAUGAAUGUCCAUCUCCUAGAGCUGGCUUCUCAACUUCGUGUGACCUAUUACUAUUGUUCUUAGAGCAGAUCCUCUGAUAUGCUGAGUUUGUGAAUAGUACAGAUGUAUCUUAACCUACCAAUACCAAGAUAAAAUUAUUUUCCUAUCAUUAUUUUCCAUUAAAAGAAGAUCCUAAAAAUAAGAAUAGCACUUUACCGUAUUUCCAGUGCUUUUCAACAUUGAGCUGUUUUACAAACAUAUUAUUCCUAACCAUUCAAUAAUGAUGGGUAAUCUGGACAUUUUUUUCUUGUGUUUUCAGCUAGGAAAACUUUAAAAAGGCAAACUCACCAAUAAUAAAGCAAGUGUCAGAGAGUAUAUCCAAUAUUAGAAUAAUAAAUAUAAUGUGUCUCAAGAUGAACUGUACAAAAAUUUGUUAGUUUCUUAGAUUUUAAGCUCUGAAAUACCUGUCAUGUUAAAGUUAGUCAUAGCUGUUUUAAUAAGUAUUUAUGGGGAGAAAGAAUGUUUUUCAUUUUUAUGUAUGUUUUAUAUUUGCAGAUAAAUCUGCAAAAACACUUUUGCCAGAAUUAUUCAUUAAAAUCCACUUGUUGACCUUGGA